AUGUCCGCGGGGAUGCCCAAGGCCAACACAAGCGCCACCCUCUGCAACUCACCGCCCGACAACACCUGCACCUCCUGGUCGAUGAUGUUGUCGAUAUUCAACGGCUUGACCACAUCGCUCUGGAACUGUGGGUUCAAGAACGCACCCUUGAUCUUCUUGAAGAACAACUGGCGCACCGUGCCCGGGAAGCGCGGCGCGAUUUUCUGCGGCUUCAUCGAGAUGUUCAACUUGGGCACCUCCGUGCCGUUGUCCGCGGCCAAGGCGCCGGCCAAGAUCUUGCAGAACGUGGUCUUGCCGGUUCCGUUCUCGCCAAACAUCACCAAGAUCUCCGAGUUGGUGAAGUCGCCCUUCUCGACGGUCAACUUGAAAUCGCCCUGCGUCUUCCGCAACGUGGGGUACUGCAAGGCCGACGAGUGGUCCAAGAUCAAGCCGUCCGCGGCGUCCGCCAAGCGGAACUGCAACGACUCCUCGCGGAACCGCAUGUUCUCGGUGGGGAUGAAGCCGUCCAAGAAGAUGUUGAUGCCCUCCCGCACCGACGACGGCAACGUCACCACGCCGUACACCGAGGGCGCACCGUACAAGAUGCACACGAAGUCCGACAAGUAG